AUGGGUCAAACGGAAAGCUGUUGUUGUAAACGAUCGCAAAAUGCUGGAGGGAAUGAUGCUUCUCAGAGCCCUUCGAUAUCAUUGGACGUCCUUGGCAACCAGUAUGUCACUUUCCGAUCGGAUCAGCAAGAAAGUUUCCUGAUAAGAAGUAUGAUCUUCUACUCGAAAUCAAGUCAUCGGAUUAGAGACAUGGCAAACAACACGUGGUUCCGUAUGGAAGGUCCGAAUGCAAAGGAGACUGGAGUUAAACAUCUGAUUCUCAACACAGAUUCUGUACAUGCAACUCUCAUGAGGAUAGACGAGAUCACUUGGAAGAUUGUAGUUUCACGCGAGCUGCGGGCGCUUGUGUACAAGUGCGUGCGAACCAACCAGUACUGCAUCCGAGUGUUCUCUCCUCCAUACCCUCCAGAAGACUAUGGGCAACUGAUCCUCGAGGAAGUUGUGCCUGACGUUGUAUUGGAAGGAGAUUAUGACAACAUGAGCAUGAGCUUCCUUCUUUAUGACAGCGAGGACGUGUUUGCAACGAUGGAGAGGACAGCAGAUUUUCAGGACAGCUCCAAGGGGACAGGAUGGAGAUUGCUUGUGCAGAUUGCAGCAAAUGUUGAUGUUGCCCUGGUUCUUCUGACCUGCAUCUGUGUCGAUGCGAUGGAGCGAGAACCGGAGCUCGAGCAAGACUCGUUUGACAAGGUGAAGGCGCCCAACGGCAAGAGGAAUGACAGCAUCGACACCAUGGACAAGGGGCGGAAGUCCUCAGUCCCCACGUUGUGGGACAAGGGACACACGCCGAGGGUCGUCAAAGAAAUCUGA